AGUAGGCCAACAUUUGCGCAUUCUCAACAGCCUGACCAAGUCGGCGUCCCACCACCUCCCCCGCGCCCCAUCGAGUUCGACACAAACCCCGACGUCAUCGCCCUCCGCUCCGCAAUCACCGUCCUCCAGAUCCAAAAGAACCGCGCGACGGCAGACAUACAGACGCUCAGCCAGAUCAAGAACGCCGCCAUCGAGCACCCCGACGACUUCGUGCGCGACCUCGUCCAGGGCAGAAUCGGCCAGGGAGCGCAAGCGCAAUCAUCUGGUGGUAAUGAGCCGGCGUGGAUCGCGCAUCCCAUUCCCAAAGCCCAGGACGUCGUCCGCUGUCCGCCCAUCAACUGGUCGCAGUACGCAGUCGUCGGGGAGUCCCUCGAUAAGCUCCACAACGAACAGGUGAGCCGGCCUACGCAGGGCACGCCGGCUACGCUUGGCGCGGGGGGCAUGUAUCAGUUCAAGGGUGGAGAUGGGAAGCAGGAGGAGUAUCCUGGCGUGGCGGCUCCGUAUGCGCCUUUGAAGGAUAAGAUUGAAAAGAAG